AUGUCGCGCGUUAAGAUGGAUCUGGCUUAUGCCAUUCUGAUGAGCCAAUGCACUGAAGGCACCUUUCUAUACACACCAGCAAGUGCGGACACGUUCCGUCCUGGCGCUUGUGGAUACUUCGAUGACACCGGACUCUGGGAGGACAUUGUAGAUCUCCGCGACUACCGACAACUUGCCAUGAAACAUUACAAAUGUCCACAAGAUCAACUUGUGACGAUGCUACAGGACCCAACAUCAAGUACUUGGGAUCCCCUAUCAGUGGAAAGAGACGAAGAGAAAGGCUUCAAGGUCAACGCUGGACUCUCUGGCGUGGCCGCUCAAGCCCCUGUUGACCUAGGAUUCGACGCUGAGAGAAAAAGAACAUCAGAUGCCGGCGCAAGCCUGAAGACCUUAGCACCCGUGGAGAACCAUAAAUUCAAUUCCGAGGCUGAAGCAGUCAUCAUGAAAUGGAUGGAAGACAAUCGCAAAAAUCUGAUUGUCAAACACGGGUCGCAAAUCGAACAAUUUGGAGUCUGGAUCAUUACCCAGACAUGGGUAACAGCAAAAUGCGAGAUAUCGAUGUGGAACAAGACUGGGAAGAAUAUAGAUGCUGGGACAGAAUUAGGGGCGACGAAUAUUGCAAAGUUCAAAGCGGAUGCUUCGAGUUCGAUCAGCUCUGGUGUCGACCAGGAGAAGCUAUGGGAUAAAGAGCCUGGAGGUUACGCCAUCUCCUUCAAAGGUCUCUGGUUUAGGCCUACGCGGAACAUUUUUAGCAGUGAGCUGGUGAAGAGAACCCCAAGAGAUGGGUUCCUCCGUAGUAACCGUGUUACACAUCUUGAAGUUGAUGGGAAUGGAGAAACACAUCAUGUGACUAUGAAAAUCAUGAAGACCGAGACAAUUGAGGCGCCGGUGGUGUUUGACGUCGAAACGGUCGGAUAG